AUGUUAAUAUCUAAGCAGAAUCUAAUAAGAACAACAUCUACAGUUAAAUUUUCUUUAAUCUAUUGUUAUCAAAGUACAAAUUCAUCGCUUGCAUCAAUAUUAUAUCCCGAACCAAAACCAAUCGAUAAAAAUGACGUUUCAUUACCACCGCCGCCACCACCACCAAAACCAACAACAAAACAACAAGCUCAAACUGUUGUUAGUUCAGCAGCUGAUGUUGCCGUUAAUGCUCUUGGUGUUGGUUGGAGUGCAUUGAGUGCUGUUAGUAAUCGAAUAACUGGUUUAACUAGUUCACAAACUAAAGUUUCAACUACAAGUCAACAAUUAAAUUCAAUUGUACGUAUGGUGACACCUGAAUCUCUUGAACAACGAACAAAAACUUUAAUACGUUCGAUUAAAACAGCAUCAUCAACAUUAUCUCAAGCAAUUCGAAUCGAAGAACUUUCAAAUCAUCUUCUUCAACAUCCUGAUGCUAAUUAUUUUACAAAAAAAGAACGACUUGUACCUUAUUUACUAUUUUUACGUCAACAUGAACGUCAUAAACCUGUUAUUGAUAAAAAAUUCAUUAACAUGAUUAAUGAAUGUCUUACUUUAUCAAAUUAUGUUCAAAAACCUAGAGGAAAAGGUAUUCGAUUAUUAUGUAUUGACGGCGGUGGAAUGAGAGGUCUUGUUUCACUUAAUGCACUUCGUCGAAUUGAAGACCUUGUAGGAGAACCAGUACAUACAAUGUUUGAUUAUAUGUGUGGAGUAUCAACCGGUGCUGUUAUAGCAGCAAUGCUUGGUGCAUUUAAAGUCGAUCUGAAUCAAUGUGAAGAAUUAUAUAAACAUUUUAGUACAACAGUUUUUCAUCGAAAUAAAGCAUUAGGUAUUAGUUCAUUAAUAACUAGUCAAUCGUAUUAUGAUACAAAAAGUUUUGAAACUUAUUUAAGAUCACGAAUGGGUGAACGAUUAAUGAUAAAAACCUCACAAGAUCUUGAUUCACCAAAAUUCAGUUUAAUAUCGGCAUUAACACUUCCAAAUGGUUAUAAAUUAUAUUUAUUUCGAAAUUAUUCGAUAUUGUCAUCACCUCAUACACAUUAUGAUGGAACAGCAAAAUAUAAAGUAUGGGAAGCUGUACGUGCAUCAACUAGUGCUCCAGGAUAUUUUGAAGAAUAUUUACUUGAUGGAAAUGUAUUUCAAGAUGGUGGAUUAAUAGCGAAUAAUCCAACGAGUAUUGCAUUACAUGAAUGUAAAUUAUUAUGGCCUGAUGAAGAUAUUCAAUGUGUAGUAUCAUUAGGAAAUGGUAGACCAGCUCCUGAUGUCGCACUUCAAUCGAAAUCAAUGAGCUUAAAACAAAAAUUAUCAUCACUAGUUGAUAGUGUUACCAAUACGGAAACAAUUCAUGUAUGUUUACAUGAUCUUUUACCGCAAAAUAUAUAUUUUCGAGUAAAUCCAUUUAUGAGCGCGGAUUUUGUUUUGGAUGAACAUCGACCAGAACGUAUUGAACAAAUGUUACGUGAUACGCAAACAUAUAUACGUCAGAAUGAAUAUAAAUUUGUAAAACUUGCACAACGAUUAACAAGACUUCGAUCAUUAUAUCAACGUUUUUUGGAUCGUAUAAAAAAAUAUCUACAAAUAUAUACAUAG